AUGAUGAAGAAUCCCUUAAAUGAACAUUUAAUGAAUCAAACAUUAAACAUUAACUUAUCUAAUUUAAAACAACCUUUGGGAGGAUGUGCUUCAUGUCAACUAUGUGAAACAACUCAAAGGAGAAGAAUAAAAUCUGAAAAUAAUGUAUCUAUAGUUGAAGAUAACUUUAUUGAUGUUCUUGAUUUUUCAAAAUUUGAUGGUAUUAAUAAUAUAAAUAAAUUAACAUCAAUAAAUACUAAGUUAUUACCUUCAUUAUGGUUUGGAGACUUUAGAUAUGUCUUUAGACAUGCAUUAAAUCACAAUUAUCCUUCUGUCAUGGAAAAGGUAAUAAUGUCAAAAAGAGUUUGUACGAUGAUGGAAAAAGAAGUCUUUCGAACUAAUUCAACUUUAGCAAUUAUGAAAAAUAAAGCUUUAAAUUAUUUUUAUGAAAUGAAAGCAUCUCUUUCUAAAUUUAUUUGCCGUUGUUGUGCUUAUGGUUUGUAUAAAGUUUUUAGAAAAUUAAUGAAAAGUUUACUUGUUUGUCCCCGACAAAUGCAAAAAAUAAAAGAGGCAGAAAAAACGGGAAUACCAAUUAUAUAUUUACCCUUACAUAGAAGUCAUUUAGAUUAUCUUCUUAUUACUUGGAUUGUUUGGCAUUGGGAUAUUAGACUUCCUCAUAUAGCCUCUGGAGAUAAUUUAAAUUUAACAGGAUUUGGAUGGUUAUUAAGAGCUACAGGGGCAUUUUUUAUUAGAAGAAAAAUUAAUCCUGAAGAUUGUGGAGGAAAUGAUGCUUUAUAUAGAGCUGUAUUACAUAGUUAUAUGACAGAAAUUUUAAAAUCAGGUAUGUCAUUAGAAUUUUUUUUGGAAGGAACUCGAAGUAGAUUUGGAAAAUCACUAUUACCUAAAAAUGGAUUAAUUUCAAAUAUUUAUGAAUCAGUUACAGAAGGAUGUGUAAAAGAUGUUUAUUUAGUUCCUGUUAGUUAUUCAUAUGAUCAAACAGUUGAAGGUAUUUUUAUGGAUGAAUUAAUGGGUCAUAAGAAAAAAAAGGAAAGCAUUAUUGGUGUAUUUAUUGGUCUUUGGAACGCAUUAAAAUUAAGACAACAAUGUGGAAAUGUUAGAGUUACAUUUGGUACACCAACAUUAUUAUCUGACUACCUAAGUGCCAUGAAAAAUAGUAUAGAAGAAAGUAUUGAAUUAAAUUAUCCUGCAACACCUAAUUCUUAUCGUGAAUUACUUCCAUGGCAUGAUGUUAAUACACCUCAUAGAUCUAUUAUUCGAGCAAUUGGAUAUCAUGUUUUGUAUGAUGCUACUUUUCAAUCAUCAAUUUCUAUUACAUCAUUAAUAUCUUCCAUUAUUUUAUGUCAAUAUAGAAAUGGUACUAAAAUGUCUAGUCUUAAAAAAACAUUAUUAGAAUUAGCUGAUGAUAUAACAAAUAAAGGAUUUGAUAUUGUUGGUUAUGAACCUAAUAAUCAGUUUUCUUAUAAACUUAUAAAAGAAGCUUUCAAUCCUUUUGAAAAAUAUGUAAAUUUUACAGGAGAUUGUGAUACAGAUAUAGAAAAUUGUGAUAUUAAUAUAAAACAACUAAAACCAGCUUAUAUAGAAUUAGCAUAUCAUAAAAAUGGAAUUGUUCAUAUUUUUAUGAUAGAAUCAGCUUUAGCUUUAGCCUACGUUUCAUCACCUUUAGGUACUUCAAAAAAUGAUAUUAUUAAUGUUGCUUUAAUUAUUUGUUCAACAUUACGAUUUGAAGCAAUCUUUUGCAAACCAUGCGAAAAUUUACGCAAAAAAGUUGAGAAGAUAUAUGAAGAAUUUAUUUCAAUGGAAGCUGAUGAUUCUUUUGUUACACAAAAAAUAAUUUACUGUUCCAAUAUAUUAAGACCAUUCUUACAAACAUUAUAUAUUGUUUUGAAUAACUUGUUUACUGAAAACCACACUGAUAAUCAAACAGAUUCUUCAUUUAUAAGAAUGUUCCUGAGUAAAACAGAUAUAACUUGCCCAUUUGAUAUUUUCCAAGAGUCGUUAAAUUCUGAUUCAAUUCACAACUCUCUUAAACUUUUAAGAUCUAAAGAAAUCAUUUUACCAUCUCAAUUUGUAAUUAAUAAAAAAGAAGAUGGAUUGAAUUUACUACGUUUUCUUGAAUUUAUUUUAAAUAGUAGAGAUCAUGUAUAA